AUGCCAACAACAUCAGUCAUUUUAGUGCCAGGGGCGUGGCAUAAUCCAAUAUGCUACUCUAUCGUCGCCCACAAACUCAAGGAGGCAGGCGAUCGGACAGUUUUUGUCAGCCUCGCCUCAGUUGGCCCUGAACAGCAUCUCAAAGAUUUUGACCCUGACGUGACGUUGAUUCAAAAUGCGAUUGAGCAUGAAGCGGAUGCGGGUCACGAAAUCAUGCUGGUCGUACGUUCAUACUCUGGAGUACCCGGCACAGAAGCGGUCAAAGGGCUUGAUAUCGCCUCUCGCGCUAACGGAGGCCUGACAGGAGGCGUGGCUCACAUCUUCUACUGUUGCUCGUUCAUCGUUCAACAAGGCCAGUCCCUCGCUUCCAGCUUUGGAGGCCACGAUCUCCCGUGGUACAGUGUCGCCGAGGACAAAUCUUAUUAUACUCCGAGAACGCCGAUCCACACAUUCUACAACGAUCUGCCGAUCGACGAGGCAAAGGCUGUCGCGGCCCAUCUGAAGCCGCAUAGCUAUCAAGUGAUCCACAGCAAAAUCACCUACGCAGCUUGGAAAGGGGUCCCAAGCACCUAUUUGUAUUGCACGGAGGAUAAUGCGAUUCCGCUGGAGGUGCAGAAAUUGAUGGUGGAGGAGUUCGCGAAGGGGUAUAAGAUCAGAACAGAAACACUCGUUUCUGGGCACAGUCCGUUCUUUUCACAGCCUGAUGCCAUGGCCAUGGCCAUGGCCAUGGCCAUUCGGAGAGCGGCCGGGGAGACAGUCUAG